AUGUGGUCCAACUCAGGUUCGAUCAUUCAAGAGUCAUGAUGAUGUAGAUGCCUGGCUCAUGGCGAAUCCCUUGCACUUUAAGGAAAGAAACCCUACAGUGAUUAGCUAUGGAAUUCAAACAAAUUCAGCACCAGAGAUGAAACGAGGAAGGUUCGAAGAUCCUACGUUUAAGUUCCAGAUACCUCUUCAAGUUGCUGCUGAGCGUGAAAUCGCUAGGUCUUUAAUUGGAGAUCCAAAGUUUAACUGGGUUUUCGGAUUUAAAGAGUUUCCACACCUAGCUAUUGAAGCUGUUGUUGCAUUGGACGCAGUAGGACCAAGUUUCUUCCUUGCCAUUGCGAUGUAUGGUUUUGUACUUCAACUCAGUUCUUUGAUCACUGAGAAAGAGCUCAAACUUCGCCAGGCAAUGACAAUGAUGGGUGUUUUUGACACUGCUUAUUGGUUGGCAUGGCUUACAUGGGAAGGGAUUCUUACAACAAUCUCGGCGCUCUUGAUAGUUCUCUUUGGAAUGAUGUUCCAGUUCGACUUUUUCUUGAAGAACAGCUUCUUUGUCGUCUUCUUACUUUUCAUGCUUUUCCAGAUCAAUAUGAUUGGACUAGCAUUCAUGCUAUCAGCUUUUAUCAGCAAAGCAUCUUCAGCGACAACUGUUGGCUUCUUUGAGUUUCUGAUUAGUUUUAUAACACAGGAAAUGCAAUCAUUUAUGCCACGACAUCAUUAAAGGAGAGAGUGCAACAGCGUUGUUGUAUAAGAACAGAGCACGAUGGUUACUUUUUUUUUAAUCAAAAAAUUGUAAAAGUUUGUUAGAACUCUUCUUCAUCUUUCUCUGUGGAUUUUCUUGGUAAUUUUCUAGGAAAUCUGCUUAUUAUUGUUUUAGAGCUGUUUUUAUUAUGUUUCUUAUUAUGAAUGUUGUAUCACUAUUCAUCGUCAUUCUUCAUUACGGUUUAACCGUAACACAUUGAUCAAGCUUGGUGCAGUGUUUUGGGUGGCUCGCUCUCCCUUUGCUCUUCUUUUACGACCAUGGUGAGGUGAGGUAUAUCGAGUUGGUUGAGGUGAAGUUUAGACAUCAAAGGUGGGAUUUGAUCUUAUUUUUCUUAUUCUCAGGUGAGGAUUCUAUUUGAGAACGGCGGGUACUCGAUCAGAUUUUUGCGGAGUUGGGUCCAUUGUGGUUGUGGUCUCGGAUCGGUGGAUUCCAUGGCAAUUCAAGACAAGUAUUCCACAACCCCAACGUUUUUGCAAGUUAUCACCGCCGGAGUUACCACCGGAGAACUGAGAAUAAAUCGCAAAGCUGGCUGGAGGGAGGUGGCUUGAAAGAUUGUGGCUGUGGGUUUUAGGAGACGGCCGACGAAUCCGCUUAACUGAGAUUGGAGGAUCAACUGGGUUUCCCUAUUCCAAGGAUCGUUCUCUCACGCUUAGGGUGCUCUGGUCGCUCUUCCCACCCAAUACCUUUUCUCACGGUCUCAAGCUGCUUUCUGAUGCAACUUCAACUCCUCAAGAUCCUGGCAUUAGUUGGAGUAAGAGAGCAGAAUGUGCACCAAACGAUGACAUUGAUUGUGUGAUUACAAUUAAUGAUAUCUACUUGUGGCUUAUUGGUACAUUCCUUUUGUGGUUUGUUCUGGCUCUCUACUUUGACAAUAUUGUUCCAAGCGCGUCCGGUGUAAGAAAAUCUGCCUUUUAUUUUGUGAAACCUGGUUACUGGACCGGUAGAGGUGGCAACCGACUGGAAGAAGGUGGGAUUUGUAACUGUACUGGUUCAGUCCCACCUGUUGAUCACAUCACCCCUGAUGAUGAAGAUGUCCUUGAAGAAGAGGCUUUAGUUAAACAACAUUCAAUGGAGGGCUUAGUUGAUCCGAAUAUUUAUGUUCAAAUACGUGGUCUUGCAAAGACUUAUCCUGGGACGACCAAAUGUGGAUGCUGCAAAUGCAAGAAAACUGCCUCUUGUCACGCUCUGAAGGGGCUGUGGAUGAAUAUUGCCAAAGAUCAACUAUUCUGUCUUCCUGGACCCAAUGGCGCAGGGAAAACAACUACUAUCAAUUGUUUGACAGGCAUCAAUCCUGUUACUGGUGGCGAUGUUUGAUAUACUCUGGGAUGCUUUAUCUGGUGAAGAACAUCUCCGUCUCUUUGCUAGCAUUAAGGGGUUGCCACCUGCAUCGAUCAAUCCAAUGGUUGAGUAGUCACUGGCGGAGGUAAAACUGACAGAAGCAGGGAAAAUCAGGGCAGGAAGUUACAGUGGAGGAAUGAAACGCCGACUUAGUGUUGCAGUUUCACUCAUUGGUGAUCCCAAACUGGUCUUCCUAGACGAGCCUACUACAGGCAUGGACCCCAUCACAAGGAGACACGUCUGGGAUAUUAUACAAGAAACCAAGAAAGGUCGCGUCAUUAUACUAACCACACAUUCGAUGGAGGAAGCUGAUAUUCUAAGUGAUCGAAUAGGGAUAAUGGCUAAGGGCAGGCUUCGCUGCAUUGGAACCUCCAUCAGGUUGAAAUCUCGCUUUGGCACUGGUUUUGUUGCUAACAUUAGCUUCUCUGAAAAAAAUAACCAAGAAAACAACAAAAAUGACCACAAUGGUGAAGCUGGUGGUGCAGAUUCACACGAGCCAGUGAAGAAGUUCUUUAUAGAUCAUCUCAAUGUCAAACCGGUAGAAGAAAACAAGGCCUUCAUGACUUUGGUUAUACCGCAUGAGAAAGAAAAUCUAUUGGCUAAUUUUUUCGCUGAGCUGCAAGAAAAAGAAACCGAGUUCGGAAUCUCAGACAUCCAAAUUGGUCUUGCGACUCUUGAAGAAGUCUUCUUGAACAUAGCAAGAAAAGCUGAACUCGAAAGCGCUGCUGUUGCUGGAACAAUGGUCACUCUUGAACUAACAUCUGGCUCAUCCGUCGAGAUACCAGUUGGGGCAAGAUUUGUUGGUAUACCAGGAACCGAAACUGAGGAUAAUCCGAGGGGAAUAAUGGUUGAAGUGUAUUGGCAACAAGACGAGUCAGGAUCAUUGUGCAUCUCAGGACACUCCCUGGAGAUGCCAGUUCCUGAAAUUGUUCCUGCGACAGAUCCGGUGGCACAAGGACAUGGGAGAGUAAGCUUGGGACAGAGAGGACGGAUACAACAAGUUCAGGGAACUGUGAUUGAUCCCGAUUUUGUCAGGUUUUCCACUGCUUCACGACGUUUUAGUAGAAGCAGUUCAUUUGCUUCCAGACGUUCUUCAUUGUGAAAUAAAAUCCAAAAGACACACACACCUACAGUUCUUAACUUACCGGACUUGGCGGCUCUACAAGUAUGUCUGUAUCUUUGUUGUAUUAUUUUAAACAGGAAAAACAAA